AUGCCCUUCCUGCCUGGCAUCUUCUCUUUUGAGAGCUUCCUGCUUGAGGGUGCAGAUGCUGAAACAGAGCACUGGUCUCCUCAGAUUCCUGGCGGCUUCGUCAACAACACCCAAGUCAUCAUUGGUGGCCAGUCCCAAAUUGUGACCAUCAACAGGCAGUGGCACGUGGCAAUCAUUGAGCAAAGCAGCAUCAGCGGGUCCUGGAAAACCAUCUGGAACUACAACACGGGCGUCGUUGCAACCAAAGUCACGCAACAGAGCACCUGCUACAUUUCCAUCAUGAACAAAAAUGAGAUGCCCAGCUUCAGUAAUCUGGCCCGCCUGGCACAAGAGAGCAGGAACCAGAUUGGCUUUGGAAGACCUACCAAGAAGAUCACCUUUGUCGCCAACGGACUGGUCAACAACCUCAGCUCUUACGGAUCAGAUGUCUUCUCCAUGUGCAGUGGACUCACCACCUACAUGGCUUACAAAGUUCACGGACUCCAAGUGAAUCUGGGAUCAUGCAUUGCCCUCAAUGUCCUGAGAGUCGUGGAGCUUCAGUACUGCACUGGCAAUGGCGAUGGCAAUGGACAGGUGAGAAAACCUUAG